AUGAAUGAGAAGUAUUAUGAUAUAUUAGGCGUUUCAAAAGACGCUUCGGAGUCUGAAAUUAAGGCAGCUUUCCGGAAGUUAGCUUUCAAAUGGCAUCCGGAUAGAAAUCAGCAAAAGAAAAAAGAAGCCGAAGCUAAAAUGAAAGAAAUCAACGAGGCUUACGAAGUUUUAAGCAAUCCAGAAAAACGGCAAAAUUAUGACCGCUAUGGUAGUGCUGAAGGUUUUGCACGGGGUUCGUCGGAGGGAGGAUUUGAAAGUGAAUUUGGUCGAGGAGAAGGAAUUUUUAAGGAUAUUUUUGAGACUUUCUUUGGUGGGAGGGGAGAUUAUUCUAGACAAAAGACCCAUACCAGAGAUAGGACUCGACCCCAAGCAGGGAGUGACAUUUUAAUCAAUAUUAUUUUAAGUUUCAAGGAGUCAGUGUUAGGAACUGAAAAAAGAGUGAAUUUGAAAUUGGAAAAGGCUUGUGGUAUUUGUCAGCAGACCGGAGCAGCUUCUCGGGCUGAUAUGGUUGAGUGUUCAAGGAAAGACGAUGAUAUUUAUGUCAAAUUGCCAAUUUCCUUUUUGGAUGCAAUUUUGGGCGGCAUGGUCAAGGUGAUUACUUUGGAAACUAGAGUUGAGAAAGGAGUGAUAGAGAAUUUGAAAGAGAUCAAGGUGCCCGCCGGUAGUCAGCACGGUGACUAUUUAGUCUUGCGAGGUCAGGGCUGUUAUAUAGGAAUUAAUAAAGUUUCACGAGGUGACUUUUACAUUCGGUUACAAGUAAAAUUACCACUAAAAGAAAAACUCUCUCCCUCCACUGAAAGGAUAUUACGUGAUUUACAAGAAACCAAAAAAUGA